GACACGCACGCCACCUUUCUUUGGCUUUUCUCCCCACCCAAAACCGCCUCGCUCGUCCUUCUCUCCAAACCCCCAGCGCAGACGCAGCGCAGUGCGUGACUGCUCCUCCCACUCGCUGCCCCGCCGCCGCCGCUCACCACCCACCCACGCCUCUCUCCUGCUCCGCUCCGCCCUCCCGGACCGGACCCCCGCAGGAGCACCGCGCCGACAUUGCGGGAGACCCAGUCCCUGCAGGAGCACGCUGCGGCGGCGCGCGCGGCCCGCUCUCCGUCCCUCCGCUCGCCCGCCCACCCCGCGUCGUCGUCGUCUCGCAAGCCCCGCCCCCCCCGCUGGAGCACGGCGCCAUCCGCGCGCGCCGCCGCCGCCGGUGAGCCAGCCACCGCGCGCGCCGACAUUGGGAGACCGCCAGGGGUUUCAAGGCGUAUUGCUAAGGGGAGCCUAUUACUUUUGUUUGUUCUGAGUUGAUUCGUCUGUUUCAGCCAAACGAUAGAGAGCGUCGUGGUUGAAAAGGUAGCCAGAUUAGGAUUAUGUUCUGAACUCCUAGAAGCUUUGGUUCCUGGUCAUCUACAUUCUACUUACAAGACUACAACUCACAAGGAGUUCAGGGUGUAUUUCUGAGGGGGGCGUUUACUUUCGAUUCAAUUGAGUUUCGUUGGCUGCAUUACUGUUGUUACUUGCCAGCAGCAAAGAUGCAAAGAUAGAGAACACCAUGGUUGAGAAGGAUAUGUACUGAGUAACGAGUUUGCAAAGAAGCAUCGGUUCCUGGUCAUCCACAUUCGACUUACAAGACUGUAACUCAGAAGGAGUUUAUGAUGUAUUUCUGAUGGGCUGUAUUACUUUCGACCCAGUUGAGUUUCGUCUGCUGCAUUGCUGUUGUUACUAGCCAGCAGCAAAGAGCCAAAGAUAGAGGGCGCCAUGUUUCAGAAGGCAUCAAUUUAUGUCCCUGGUUGAGCUAUAUUCAUGAUAUGUACUGAGUACUGAGUAUGCAUAGAAGCUUUGGUUCCUGGUCAUCUACAUUCUACCCAGAAGACUAUAACUCGCAAGAUUGAACUUUACACAAUUCCGAUGAACAGAAUAGCAAUGGGAUCUCAAAGUUUCUGUCUUCUCAUUCUUCUUCUAGUCAUCCCCAGCUGUGUCUUGUCGGAAUCAAGUGAUAUAAGUACUUUGUACACUCUGCGGCACUCAAUUGCUGAAGAAAAAGGUUUCCUUCGCAGCUGGUUUGAUUUAGAAAUUCCCCCAUGCAACUGGUCAGGUAUAACUUGUUCGGGACAUAAUGUUGUGGCCAUAGACUUGUCCUUCGUGCCACUCUAUGUUCCAUUUCCCUCAUGCAUCGGGGCAUUCGAGUUACUUGUUGGGCUCAACUUCAGUGGAUGUGGGUUUACCGGUGAGCUUCCAGAUGUCUUGGGGAAUUUGCAGCAUCUUCAGUACCUAGAUUUGAGCAAUAACCAACUUACUGGGCCCCUGCCUGCAUCUUUAUAUAAUUUGAAGAUGCUGAAGGAAAUGGUGCUUGACGGAAACCAACUAUCUGGACAACUGAGCCCUGCAAUUGGUCAGCUGCAGGACAUCACUAAGCUGUCUAUGUCUAUGAAUUCCAUCUCUGGUGGUCUUCCUACAGAGCUGGGAAGUCUACAGUACCUUGAGUUCCUGGACCUUCAGAAUAACAGACUGAAUGGGUCGAUACCAGAAGCAUUUUGUAAUCUGUCUCGGCUUUUGCAUCUGGAUCUAAGUCAGAAUAACCUCUGUGGAUCAAUAUUUUCUGGAAUAAGCUCGUUGAUAAACCUUUUGACACUCGAUCUGUCCUCAAACAGCUUUGUGGGGCCAAUACCUAGGGAAAUUGGUCAACUAGAAAAUCUGAAACUGCUUAUUUUGGGACAAAAUGGUUUCACAGGAACCAUUCCAGAAGAGAUUGGCAACCUGAAGUGGCUUGAAGUACUUCAACUCUCUGUUUGCAAGUUCACAGGUACCAUUCCUUGGUCGAUCGGCGGUCUUGUAAGCCUGAAGGAACUGGAUAUAUCAGAGAAUAACUUCGAUGCUGAACUCCCACCACCUAUCGGUCGGCUUGGAAAUCUGACACAGCUGAUUGCAAAGGGUGCAGGCCUCAAGGGGAGCAUACCGAAGGAACUAAGUAACUGCAAGAAGAUUACCCUCAUUAAUCUAUCGUUCAAUGAGCUCACUGGCUCUAUCCCCGAACAACUUGCAGAGUUGGAUGCUAUUGUGGCCUUUUCCGUGGAAAAGAACAAACUAUCUGGCAAUAUUCCAGGCUGUAUAAGGAACUGGACAAAUGCAAGAUCAAUAUCGUUGGGGCAAAACUUUUUCACUGGACCUUUGCCAUUGCUGCCAUUACCGCAUCUGCUUAGUUUCUCUGCUGAAUCCAACCUUCUCUCAGGUUCUGUCCCUGCCAAGUUAUGUGAAGACAACUCCCUACAUUCACUCAUACUGCAUGAUAAUAAUCUUACUGGGAGUAUUGAGGAGACUUUUAAAGGAUGCAAAAAUCUCACUGAGCUGAACUUGCAAGGCAACCGUCUUCAUGGUGAGAUACCAGGGUAUCUGGCUGAGCUCCCUUUAGUUACUCUGGAAUUGUCCCUGAAUAACUUAACGGGAAUGUUGUCUGAAUCGCUGUGGGAGUCAUCAACACUUUUGCAGAUAUCUAUCAGCAAUAAUCAGAUUACAGGCCAGAUCCCCCAUAGCAUUGGGAGGCUGUCCAGCUUGGAGAGGUUGCAGAUAGACAAUAACUAUUUGCAAGGACCCAUCCCUCCAUCUGUUGGCGCUCUACGGAAUCUCACAAUUUUGUCGCUGCAUGGCAAUGGGUUAUCUGGGAACAUACCAGUAGAGCUCUUCAACUGCCGAAACCUUGCCACGCUGGACCUGAGCUCUAAUAAUCUGUCUGGGCACAUCCCAAGGGCCAUAUCUAACCUGAUAAUGCUCAAUAGCUUGAGUUUGUCUUAUAACCACCUCUCUGGUGCUAUUCCUGCUGAGAUAUGUGUGGGAUUUGAGAAUGAGGUUCACCCUGACUCGGAGUUUGUUCAGCAUAAAGGUCUUCUUGAUCUGUCAUACAACCGCUUGAUUGGUCAGAUUCCAACAGAAAUAAAAAAGUGUUCUAUGCUCAAGGUGCUAAAUCUGCAAGGCAAUUUACUGAAUGGCACCAUUCCUUCAGAGCUUGGUCAGUUGACGAAUCUUACAAUCAUCAAUCUGUCUUUUAAUGGACUGAUCGGACCGAUGCUUCCUUGGUCUGCACCAUUGGUACAACUCCAAGGCCUUAUGCUAUCAAAUAACCACCUAGAUGGCACCAUUCCUGCUGAGAUAGGCCAAGUUCUUCCCCAAGUUUCUAUGAUAGACUUGUCCGGUAAUCUACUUACUGGAAAUAUACCCCCGUCUAUGAUGUGCAACAAAAACCUAAACCGCCUGGAUGUCAGUAACAACAAUCUCUCUGGAAAAAUUAUAUUCUCUUGUCCCAGGGACAUAGAAUCCUCGAGCGAACUGGUUUUCUUCAAUUUAAGCAGUAACCAUUUCUCAGGGACCCUAGAUGAGUCUAUCUCGAACUACACACAUCUGUCUUCUAUUGAUAUCCACAACAACAGCCUCACUGGAAGCUUACCACCAGCACUCUCUGAUCUCAGCCUUUUGAACUAUCUUGACCUCUCAAGCAAUGAUUUCUACGGUUCCAUCCCUUGCGGUAUCUGCAGUAUAUAUGGCCUCACAUUUGCCAACUUCUCUGGUAACCACAUCAGCACAUACAGGUCAGCAGAUUGUGCAGCUGGAGGUGUUUGUUCCACUAAUGGCAUUGAUAAUAAGGUGGCUCAUCCAUCUCAUCGAGCUCGAAGAUUAUUGAUCAUUUGUUCCCUGUCACUUGCUGUCGUCAUCAUGUUAGUUCUUCUGGUAGUUUAUCUGAGAAAGAAACCACUAAGGAGCAGAUCAAUAGUUUUUGUAUCUGCCAGUAAGGCCAAUGCUACCAUUGAGCCAACCUCAUGCGAUGAACUCCUAGGAAGGAAGUCACGGGAACCUCUGAGUAUCAAUCUCGCAACAUUUCAGCAUUCACUGCUAAGGGUCACCACAGAGGAUAUACUGAAAGCCACAAAGAAUUUCAGUAAAGAGCACAUCAUAGGCGAUGGUGGCUUUGGCACUGUGUACAGGGCAGCACUCCCUGAAGGCAGGAGAGUUGCGAUCAAGAGGCUUCAUGGUCAGUUCCAAGGUGAUCGCGAAUUCCUAGCUGAGAUGGAAACCAUUGGAAAGGUGAACCAUCCAAACCUUGUUCCCCUACUUGGCUACUGUGUUUGUGGCGAAGAACGGUUCCUGAUCUAUGAGUACAUGGAGAAUGGGAGCCUUGAGAUGUGGCUGAGGAACCGAGCAGAUGCAGUUGAAGCACUUGGAUGGCCAGAUCGUCUCAAGAUCUGCCUCGGUUCUGCCCGUGGGCUUGCUUUCCUCCAUGAAGGAUUUGUGCCCCAUAUCAUCCACCGGGACAUGAAAUCAAGCAACAUUCUGUUGGAUGAGAACUUCGAGCCGCGGGUCUCCGACUUUGGCCUCGCAAGGAUAAUCAGCGCAUGCGAGACCCAUGUCAGCACUCUCCUUGCUGGUACAUUUGGAUACAUCCCCCCAGAGUACGGCAUGACAAUGAAGUCCAGCAUGAAAGGCGACGUGUACAGCUUCGGUGUUGUCAUGCUGGAGCUGCUCACAGGACGUCCACCCACAGGGCAAGAAGAUGUUGAAGGAGGUGGAAACCUUGUCGGAUGGGUAAGAUGGAUGAUGGCACGUGGCAAGAGGAACGAGCUGUUUGAUCCCUGCCUACCUAUCUCAGGCGUAUGGCGGGAGCAGAUGGUGCGUGUCCUCGCCAUUGCCCUGGACUGCACCGCUGAGGAGCCGUGGAAGAGGCCGAUCAUGCAAGAUGUGGUGAAAGGACUCAAGAUGGCCCAGACAAUGGAGUGCGGACCUCUGGUAGUGAUGGUUUCCAGGGGCACAUAGCGCUGAGCUCGAAGCACCAUUCUUCUUGAUAGUGAUGUGAUGUAAUAACAGGCUAAUGGUAGGUAACUUGUAGCUGUAGAGUAAGGUCGCUGGAGAUUGUAGCAAGAGAAACUAGUGUUCCUCAUUUUCAGGCUGUAGCUGGCACAAAAGCUAUUGUAUGUUCAUCCAUGUAUUGUCUUUGUCAGGUCUCAUCAUGGCAGCAUGAGUGUUUUACAAUCCUAGAA